CGACGCCGGUUUCAUCCAUCUUCCUUUCCUGUGCCCGCUGCCUCCGCUUCCCUGCCUCUCUUCAAGACGCUCCCCCCAUCCCCCGUCCCCUCCCUUCCCCCCGCCCCGGCCGUCGGAUGCUCGCCCACCUGGCGAGGCGACUCUCCUCCCCCCUUCCGACCCUCCGCUGCGCCGGUCCUGCCACCGCGAUCCCCACGGUCGCCGCUCGCUCUCCCUUGAUGUCGCUCGCCGCACACCCGAAAAGGAAGUCGUCCUCGCGGCCGAUGCACCAGCGUGCGGCGGCUCCCGCCGACCGGGCCAGUUGCACGCCGGAGCUGUCCGGCCGGACGCCGACUCUGGAGGCCGGCGCACCGUCGCAGGACACCGACAGCACUGCUUCCACCUGUGGCCCGCUGCCGCCGCUGCCUUCCGACAUGGUGGCCCUGCCGGCCCUGGCCAGCGUCAUGCUUCGGGCGGGCGCCCUCGCGGCCGCGGUCAUCCGGGUCCUGUCCCAGAAUAUCCCCUGCGAUGGCCGGCUGAAGGCCGACCAGACGCCACAAACAUUGGCCGACCUCGCCUCGCAGUCCGUGAUUGAGCGCCUCCUCCGGCGCAACUUCCCCGAGCUGCAGCUCGUCGGCGAGGAGGACGGCUAUUCGCUGGGCGCCGACUCGGAUGACGAUUCGGAGGACUAUGCCCCGGCCAUUCCGCCCGGAGAUGCCACCCCGCGUGCCUCCUCCUCCCCGGACAUGGACGCGGAGCCGGAGAUGCCGGGCGGUCCGCGCACGGCCGACACGCCACUUCUCGGGCAAAUCCGGCGCCUGGUGCGCUGGGCAGUGCGCCUCGGCGGGGCCGAGCACAUCCAGCACAUGGACGCCUACACGCCGGUCUUCCGCCCUCUGACGGCCGAUGCCUUCCUGGAUCUGCCCUUCGACAGUCCUUUCGCCGGGGCCACCGCCGCCGAGCGCCUGGACCUGGAUCACCUAUUCCUGGAGGCCGACCAUGCCUUCCGUACCUUCCACAAGGCGGCCCGGCCGGGGCGCGUGGUGUAUGGCCGGCGCCAGGCGCCCUCGGACGAGGCACCCGGCGAUGCGAGCACUGUCCACCGGGUGGCCCGCCUCGGUCCCUGGCACACGGCCCCGGCCAGGGAUAUUUUGGUGUUCAUCGAUCCGCUGGAUGCCACGAGUACCUUUGCCUCGCGCAACCUGAGCGAAAUUCACGCGGUCACGGUCAUGGUCGGCGCCUCGGUCAAUGGUCAUGCCACGCUGGGUAUCCUGUGUCAGCCUUUCGGGCCCAUGCGUUCGUAUGUCGGACUCGUCGGGGUCCCGCCAGCUGGGGGCGGCUUUGCUCGGCGCCAGCGCCCGGCCCCGGCAUACUCGCAUCGCUCCCGCGGCGGCAGCCGCGACCCGUCCAUCGCCCUGGCCAUGACAAACUCCGCCAAUCCCGACCGGAUUGGACCCACCCUCAACCUGGCGUCCUUCCUUUGCUCGGUGCCCGUUCCGCUGAAUGGCGACGGCACCGGGGGCCGGCUGAUGUCCCCCCCGCCGACCACGGCCACCACCCCCGACCAGUCGAACUUGUCCGUGUCCUUGCUCCGGGUACCGGGGGCCGGCUUCAAGUUCAUCAACAUCCUCGAGCAAACGGCCGAUGCAUACAUCCACCCCUCAUCCGGGGGCUUGUCCUUGUGGGACACCUGCGCCGGGGCGGCCAUCAUCACUGCCAACCAUGGGCUGGCCACUGAUGCGACCGGCGUGCCGAUCACCUACCACCGUCGAGCCGGCGAGACGGCCGGACCGCUGGAGCACCAAACCGGCUUCUUUGCCGUCUGUGCGCCCUGGUGCCUGGGGGCCUUGAAUGCCGCCACCGGUGGGAUCACCCAGGUCUCGAACCCCGGCGCCGACAUGGCCCCCUUCCCGCGCUUCCCCUCCGGCCGUGUGUCCUGGCACCCCGCCCUCUUCCGCCAUGCCCCCUCGCUCUACCCCCCGAGCAUGAUCUGUCCCUUCUUCUGGCCGCGCGGCCGGCAUCCGGCUUCCUUCCCGGACAUGGCCGAGUAUGACCCGCUGGAUGUCCAGCGCUUCGCCGGGCUUGAGGACUUCUUCCGGCAGAACCGCCGCCGCCGUCAGUCGCACCCUGCUCACCCCCGCGGCCCCGGCGAGCGCCAUGGACCGGGUCCGCGCGGCGGCGGCGGCGGCGGCGGCGGCGGCGGCGGCGGCGGCGGCAACCGUCGUAAGCGUCCCUCUCCCUCCUCUCUCCCCUCCCUGUAG